UCAAUUUGCUAUCAUUGCUUCUCUUCUGCUAGAGCUCCGCCCCCUGGCCCCUACCUUAAAAGUUAAAACACACAAAACAGUAAACCUGUAGUCUGCUCACUGCUGUAGUGUACAGAAAUAUUAUCAUUCAGAUUUAUUGUCGGUCAAGAUUCGAGAGUUUACAAAUUCAUAGAAAAAGAAAACAUGCAUUGGUUUCAAGGCAGUAUUCCGGAAGCUAUAAUUGCUUCCCGCAAUAGAAAAUGUAUAUUUGUUGUUGUUGUUACAGGAGAAGAUGAGGAUUCACAACAACUUUUGACAAGAUUAGAAGAAGAAAAUGUUUCAAGUGUUUUCAAUAGUUUUGUUUCUAUUUCAUUGAAAAGUGGUAGCGGUGAAGCCAACAUGUUUAGUCAGUUGUAUCCCCUUGUUGUCUUACCAGCAAUUUAUAUGAUUGGUCUACAAGGAUCACCGUUGGAAGUAAUUGGAGGGCUUGUUGAUAUCCCCACACUGUUGAGUAGAGCUCAGAAAGCUUUAAAAGUACAUGAUGAACAACAAAAUGUUGCCCAAGCUUCACAGAUUGCUGAAGCGGAAGUAUUACAGACAACAUCUGAGAAUAUAGAACCAUCUCAGGAAGAAGAAACCACUGAAAGUGGAAAUCCUGGCAACAGUGAGGAUGGUCCAUCUGGUUUGUCAUUGGAAGCUCGCUUGGAAAGAGCUGAUCAGUUACUAGCUGCAGUACGUGAGAAGAAGAUAGAAGAAGAACGUGAAAAAGAGAAAAUUAAGGAGCGUGAGCGUCGGGAAUUAGGUAAACAGCUUCAGCAGUUCAAAGAAGCACAACGUGAGCGCGAACAACGUGAACUGGCAGAUUCACGCCAGAAGGAAAAACGAGAAGAAAAAGAAGCUUUAGAGAAAAUUCGACAAAAUAUUGCCCAAGACAGGAUAGAUCGGGCUGCGCGAUACCAAGCGGCUCAGACAAGCGAAGAAGAGCGACGACGUGCUGCUCAAAGUGCUCAAGAACAACUUCAACGUGAGAGAGCCUCAGCUGCUCGUAGUGCGUUUUCUCGGCUGCAGUUUCGUUUGCCUGACGGUUCAACCCGUACAGAGCAAUUUUCUUCUGACGUCAAGUUAUCAUCUGUCAACGAAUUCAUUGAUCAACAAAUUAAACCACCAUUUAGACCAUAUUCUCUUAGUACUACAUUCCCUCGUCGUGAGUUCCAUGAAUCGGAUAUGCAACAGACUUUACGGGAAUUGGAUCUGACUCCUUCUGCUGCUCUUCUUAUAAUCCCCGUUGCUGGAACUGGAUUUAAGCCUCAGACUAAUGGAUCCGCCGGCAAUACGUGGCUUAGUGCAAUCUUCGCACCUCUAUUUGGGAUUUGGAACUGGAUUUGGGGAUUUUUUGCCAACCCUCCGCCGCGUGUAACUCAUCAGGAUUCAACAGCUCAGCCUCAACCAAAUAGUCAAGGUGUCCGUCGUCGGCGACCUGAUAGUAACAUCCAUCGUUUAUCCGACGCUAGCCCGGGGGACAGCAGCGAUGAUAAUGGAACGUGGAACGGCAACUCAACACAGCAAUUGUAACUUUUUAACAAGACGUUGUAAGUUGUCACAUGUCAUAUCUAGCCGUCUCUCGAAAUUCGGGAAAGCAAAUUUCUUUUGUUAUUCUAAUGGUGUCAAUUAUUCUGAACCUUUCUUUUGGGGACUUUCAUAAAUAAACGUUUUGCGAGAGCA